CACACACACACACACACACACACACACACACACACACACGCACACACACACACACACACACACACACACACACACACACACACGUGCACAUGUCAGUUGCUUUGUUAUCAACAAGACAAACAGCCACAACAAAAGCAGCUGUCAGGAAAGCUAACCUGAAACCUUAUUAACAUAAACUCCACUGUCCUUGCAAACUUCUUCCCCGGCCAGCUGUAAAUGAUUACUCCUGCUCGUUUCAACCUCUUUUAAAUCAUCUUCACAUUCACAAUCAAUUCCACCUUUCUUCACUCAAUUAGCUCACGGUUUGAUUGAGGUCAAUACCUUCGCCUUCACUGGUCUCCCAGUUUGCAGAACAUUUUUAAUCAGUUCCAUUCUUCUUUCCCCAGAAAAAGCUCCUUUGUGCCUUCUCUCUCAGUUUGUUAUGUCUCGAUUUAGAUUCAUAUUAAACUGCAUCCUGGCUGGCAGAUGAACUGAAAACUGGAACUCUAUAGUACUUUCUCGGACCAUUAAUCUUUUGGUGGAGCCUGUUCCUGCUCUCAGGUAGGGUAAUUAUAAUGUCUUUCGUGUGGACAGAAGAUUAUGACCCAAGGAGGCUAGAGGCACUGCAGUGUCCAUCAGCAGCUCAUAAAUUGUCUGUUGGACAGGGGAUAUGGGCAGGAAGGGGUUAAUAAUGAUGAGGAUGUAGACGGUGAUAGACAUUAAAUUAAUGAAGUUGAUGAAAUGGGUCACAACCCUCAAAGCCAUCAGCACCAAACCAAUUUCCUCCCAUGGUUACUUCUGCUGAGGGUGGAGUUGCUACGCUCCAUUACUGACUCUCACUGACGGGUAUUAAACUCAAGAUAUUUGCAUGUUAUGGUGCCAAUAAGCUUGAGGAUCUCUGGUUUAUUGCACAAUGCAGAGAAAGUGGCUGAUGGGGAUUUAACCAAAGGUCACCUUUGUGAGGAAUAUGCCAAGAAAACAUCAACUUAUGCCGAGCUGCUUGACAUGAAGUCUGUGUUAUAAUUAGUUACAUGUUGGAAGUCAAAUUAAACGCACAUCAAGAUCACAGAACAUCAUGGAUUAUAUUGCUGGAUGUUAACCAACUAAAUAUCACAAAUGGAAAAUCUUACUGACAUCUUUAUGACCACAACUUGGAAGAAACAAAAAGUCUAAAGUAAAUCGUAUAAUCCUGUAAUGUAUGUCUGCAUUGCUUCAGCAUAACGCUGCUGGUAUUUACUCAAGGGUUCAUUUAGUACAUAAAAGACAUGGACAGAGUAAUGUUCACAUCCAGAUCACAAAAUUUAGAAAGUGGAUUUACAUUAAUCAUACAUGCAUAUUUACAAAGCUUUGCAUCUAAUUCACUUCUUAUUGUAGUAUUUUGAAGAAAAGCAUGUUUUAAAUGUUCUUGUUCCAUCUUUGAUAGUUACACAGGUGGUGCACCACAUCCAUGCCAGGAGAAAGAAGGAAGCGGUUCUCCGUCUAUAUGAGUUUAUUUGGAUGUUAUCUAAACAUAUUGAUUGCCAGCAUGAUGUCACCACAUGUCUAGGCCUUCCCUAAUCCUGUUGCAGCGACACAGAGGAUCCCCCUCAGUCCCUGGACACCUCACUGUUCCACAUUUGCUUUCCUGACUCAUCCAGCUCAUCCUCUGCUGCUAUCAGCCACAAAUCAAUCCCAGCUCAGUCUGUUUAUCCAUGCUGUUGUUUUCUAGACUCUGGCUUCAGGGUUACACUGAGCUGAUGCUGAAUCUUGAUGCAUGAGCUGCAUCUGUUUGGGACUGCUGAAAACAACAUCAAAACUCUCCCACAUCUAGUAGUUUCAACAGAUUUUCUGUCACUCUUUACACUUGUCCUUUCUGGGUUAUUGCUCUGUUUUGGGGAAGCUAAAGCCAUAACUCAUCUGUCGCUAAGUGAAAACUCUGACAACAGCAAGAGAAAAAAACAAAACAAAAAGCAAGCUAAAGCCAUUUUUUUCUAGUGUAGAUUUAAGCAGUGAGAGGAAAUCUUGUUUUCUGUAAACUCAUGUUACUGUAGGCUGCUAUACAAACCCGCUGUUCUCUGGCUGAAAGUUCACUGUCUCUAGAUUCUGUCUUUGUUGCCUGGUCUGAGCUGCCCACUCUGGAGCAGUCUGCUUUCCAAAUGCUGCCAUGCCCAUAAUCAGCAACGCCAACCAUGACUUCAGCAAUCUGUCCGUCAGUGAUGACAGCAGCCUUGACCGCAUCUUCACUGAGAUCCCCGAAACUGAGACCAUCAAGGGUGUGUACUACCAGAGAGCUCAGUUCAUCCGUCGACCAGAGGACCUGGUGUCCAUCGACCAUGCCUUGCUGGCAGUGAUCAAUGUUGGGGGAAACCGCUACACUUUCCCAUGGAGCACACUUCAGCAGUUCCCACUCACACGACUUGGCCGCCUCUGUGGCUGCCGGUCACUCGAGGAAAUUGCUAAUGUCUGUGACGACUAUGAUGAGGCCCACAAAGAGUUUUUCUUUGACCGUUCACCAUCCGCCUUCAGGGUCAUCCUCAACUUCCUGGCAGCAGGGAAACUGCGGCUUCUGCGAGAGAUGUGCAUCCUCUCCCUGCACGACGAGCUGAACUACUGGGGCGUGGAGAUGGCGUACAUGGAACGCUGCUGUAAGAGGAAGAUGUACACACGCAUCGAGGAAGUGCACGACAAGGAGAGGCGCGAGGAGGAGCUUAGGCAAAGAAACGCCAUGCAGUGGGUGCCAGUGGAGGAAACACAAUACAGAAAAGUGAUGAACUGGCUGAGAGAUAUGGUGGAGAAUCCUCAGUCUGGUUUACCAGGGAAGAUCUUCGCCUGCACAUCAGUAAUCAUGGUUGCGGUAACUGUGAUUAGCUUGUGUAUCAGCACCAUGCCAGACCUCAGAGAGGAAGAGGACAGGGGCGAGUGUUCCUCCAAGUGCUACAACAUGUUCAUCAUAGAGACGGUGUGUGUGGCCUGGUUCUCCCUGGAGUUCAUCCUGCGGUUCAUUCAGGCUCGCAGUAAGCUGGACUUUCUCCGAGGGCCGCUCAACAUCAUUGACGCUAUGGCCAUCCUGCCCUACUAUGUUUCACUUGUGGUGACAGAGGAGGAUCCCGCCUCGGAGCAUGAAAGACCAGGAGGAGGUAAGGGCUAUUUGGACAAACUGGGUCUGGUGCUAAGGAUUCUACGGGCGCUUAGGAUUCUCUACGUGAUGCGGCUGGCUCGCCACUCUCUCGGCCUGCAGACGCUGGGACUGACGGUCAGGCGCAGCACCCGGGAGUUUGGCCUUCUUUUGCUUUUCCUCUGCGUGGCCGUCACCCUUUUUUCCCCAUUAGUCCACCUAGCUGAGAGUGAGCUUACAGGUGCCCAUGAUUUCAGCAGCAUUCCCGCCUCCUACUGGUGGGCCAUUAUCUCCAUGACAACUGUAGGUUAUGGUGACAUGGUACCAAGGUCCAUUCCAGGACAGGUUGUUGCACUCAGCAGCAUCCUCAGUGGGAUCCUCAUCAUGGCCUUCCCUGCUACCUCCAUCUUCCACAUGUUCUCCCGCUCCUACCAAGAGCUCAAGAUGGAGCACGACCGAUUGUUCAAAGAGGAGUGUGCUGCUGCUGCUGCAGCUGCAGCUGCUGCCACAGAAGAGCUGCAGGAGGUGGCAGGUGAAGGAGGAAAGGAGGAUUCAGUUCCAUCUGGACUGGGAUUGCAUCUAAACAAGGACAGGGAGCACUCACUGGAGUCUCUGGCUCUGCUUGGAAAAGGUGGUGAAGCUGCAGGAAAUAAUAAUCACAGCCUUCCAGCUGCAGCUUUCUGAACAACCAUUGAGUGACUCUGUACUAAACUUCCAUGAAGAUAUCUUUGUGCUGCAUACGAUGGAAGUACUGCAAUGUAACACUUGACCUGAAGGCCUCAGUAUCCAUUUAGAGGUAACACAAAAGGCGUUUCUUUUCUUCUUCAGGUGUUGAGUACGAGCACUGCAGACUGCACAGAAACUGAAGGACGUACAACCCUUUAAAUUGGAAGGCCCUCUUUGUCUGACCAGAAGGCCUCUGCAGCAAUAUUAGUCAUAGGCUGCUUCCAUAAACAUGCAAUAUAAAAUCCAAAGUUGCUUUUCCUUCCACUGUGAAAAUACUUCAGAGCCUGAGUGCAACUUUUAGUUUAUCAUUACUUUUUUGAUAUGUUGCCUACAGUAUGACGUCAAAAUGUGUCUCUUACCAUAUACUAUACUUUUAGCCAUGAAUGCAAAGAAGUGCACCUCUUAGUUUAUUUUUGAGAAGCUUGAAGCCAUUUUCUGAAAUGAAAUAUAAACAAACUGAUACUUUUACGCAUAUAUAUUGUAUAUCCAUCUAUUUCUAAUGUUAGAAGGCUUGGACUUAAUAAAAGCAAAAAGGAUAAAUUCUCAACUUUGUUAUAAUCUCCAAGUAAACUAUGCUAAAAUAUUGCAGAAAUAUCCAUUUUUUUUUUAAAUCAAGUGAAAGGAUGAAGAAGGAAAAAGAAGCAUUUGUUUUAGAAGAGGGUGUGUGAGUCAGAGCGUGAGCACUAACAACCAUGAAAUGUACUUUGCAAUGCUUUAAAUAAAAGUUCUAGUAAUC